AUGCUAGACAACAACGGUUUAAUCCGAUCAUGGUCGUAUCCGUUCAUAUUUGUUAAGAACGAUGGAGAGUUAUGUUUCAGCGAUGAUGAUCGAAAACUAAACGCAGUAACUAAAAAGGACAGCGUGGAGAGCGAGAGUAUAUCAGGAUCUAAAAAAAUAAGAAGUUAUACGGGUAUACCGGCUGAAAUCUCACCUAUGGACAAAGCUUUGCUAUACACGAGCGUGGGGCCAACGAACGUCCACGCGGAACAACAAAGGAUUAAUUUUUGGCGCGUUCCAUAUGAACGUUCUUUCUUCGUUUCCGAAAAAGAUAGAGUGCCGCGUUCGAAAGACCUUAGGCUAUAUCUGAGUGGUAUAGACGAGGUGAUGAUGGUCGAUGGUCGUGAUCUAGAAGGGGGUAGUAUUUAUAAGAAUCAAUUAUUGGCGAGUUCU